AUGCGUGUCGAUGCUGCGUUGAGUGCUUCACCAGCAAUGCCAGCUCCUCCCAGUCCUCCCUCCACGACAACGGAUCAGUCGUUGGCAUCCAAUAGGCUAAAAUAUCUGUUUCAAAAGUAUCCUGAGAUUCAAGCAUGUAACAUUCCACCGAUUUUUCACGCUAUUUCUAAAAAACGUCAAUCUACUUACUUCAUCGGGAAAGACAUGUCAUUCUUCACAGUGCGCGAUCAAAAGGUAGUUCCCGAAAAUCGUGUGAGAGAGUUAUUCUCAGAGGUCGAUUGGGUAGCAACCAUGCACUGGGUUGAAGAACAGUUGACAGCCAAGGGUUUGAUGCCUAAGAAUGUCGAUACCAGUGCUCUCGAUGGAAUGGUUGCUUUCCCAGGCGAACGACCCGCUGCAGAGGCAUCUGCUGACGAAUGCAAGCAAUCUGCUCUCAAUCGAAUGAGCCAGCUAAUCGAUAAGCAAAAUCAACGAAGAGCGUUGGAUAUUUAUAAAACGCAAGCUUUGAACAAUUUCGGCCCGCCGAAACGCCCGCUAGAGGAUAGUACUGUCUCUGGCAUCGAUAUUCAAACCAAGCGUCAGAAUAUGAUGGAGUUGAGUAGAGUAGGAGCUCCUAACGAACUAAUGAUGGAGUCGGGAGGCAACGUUCCGCAAUCCGUGGCUCGUUAG